ACUGUUGCUUCACAAGCAUGCAAACCAUAGGGAAGAGUCUCCAUUGCUUCCAUUCACCUGUGAUUCUGCCCAGUUUGGUUGCAGACUGGCCGUGUUCUGGGAGAGCAAACUUCUCACCUCUAGAUUUCAUCCAUGUAUUCUGUAAAGUUACUACUGUACAAUUGAUUUUUACACUUUCAUGUAAUAAUAGCCACCAUAUUUCUGUGAUAUUUUUCUUAUCUGCUGCAGGGAAAACAUAGAGCUGGCCCAGUGAUAGAGACAUAUAAAACCAGGGAGAAAUGUAGUUGUUUCUGUUGAUGUGCAAGCAUGUGAUUUUCUGUUGGGUUUCUGGGGGUGGGUCUUCUUCCUGAUAAACUCCUUAUGUAGAGAUACCUGCUGUGAAAUGGGAAGAGUUUAUUGCAGAGAAAACAUUCUAUUCAUGCUUUCAAGACCUUUACAGGUAAAUGGGACAUCCCUUUCUCCUCUGCAGACAGGUUUUGGGGCUGUGCAGGAUUGCCAGGUGGUCCCCGUGGGGUCCCUUUGGUGUUUGGGUGUGAGCAGGCUGUGCUGCCCCUGCAGCAGGGACACUGCAGCAGCCUGGAGCGGGGCAGGGCUGGUGCUGGGCUUCAGCAGUUGGCUAUGGAGGAGCAGUUUAAUCUGCUUUCCUCGCUUCCUCAUUUGUUACAGGAAGAUAGGGAUUGUUUAUGGCUGCUGCUGGAGUCUUGUGUAGUUGGAUGAUAAACUUCUUGGGAAGGAGAUCUGUCUUUUGUCUGCUUAUGUAGCAUCUGCUUAUGUUUCAUCUUGGAUGAAACUCGAGGGCAGAACUAACACAAAUAUUCCAGAAUUAUGGUCUAUUUGUAGUCCUUGUAGUUGGGAGCAACAUUCUGAUGAGCCAGCUUCUGUGUUAGGGAAACGGGAAAGCUGAGUGGGUUCCAGGUAAUUGGUAGUGGCAGACACGGUAGGUAGAAUUCUGUCGCUUCACUUUUAGGGUGGUAAUUUAAAGACUGAGGUAUUUAAAAGCAAAAAAGAAAGUAGCUGGUACACAUUUACUAAUUAAUUAUUCAUUGAAGUAUUUUUUUCCAGUUCUUAGCUUGGCAGCAGCUCUCCUCUCUGUUAAUAGCUGGAAAGAACACACACACACACGUCUGGAGAUGAGUGGGUUUGUUUUGUUCUCACUGCCUGAGGCUCUCGGCGCUCUGAGGAACACACUGGGUGGCUUCAGGUGCCAGAGCAUUUCCAUCUGAGGCACUGGCAGGGUUUGUUGGGAUUAUUUUGUUAACUUCAAAUUACUGGUGUCUAUUGCAUAAAGUCCAAGUGCUCCUUUGGUGCAGCGUGCUGUUUUGUCGAUGGCAUUGAUAAAGGAAUUGUAGGAUCCCGUUUUAAUCAAAAUUACACAUUUUAUAAUUGAUUUUUGUAGAAUGCUGGUGAGUAUGGUUUUUACAAAACCUGAAAAAUCACUUUCAUUGGCAAUUUUAUGUAAUUGUGUCAUUUCAAAAAACUGAAAGAUGAGGGAACUUGUAGGUCAGAGUACAGAAGAUUUAUCAGUCUCAGCAACAUUUGAAAGUCUGUGUAGAAGAUCAGCUGUAGGUUGAACACGUGGUGCUGCCUUUGCAGAAUUGUUAAAGAUCUUUCAAUCCCUGAUACUUACCUGUAGCUACCUGGCAGUGUUCCAGCUGUAGCACUGCAAGUUAAUUUAUAACUAUGAGAAGAGCAAACGGUAGAAAGGAUUGAUUUAUUUGUUAAAACAAUAAAAGAAAAAAGGUCUAUCACUGGAGGUUUUAGACUGGUUUCAGAAGCUGCUGUGUAUAAUCACCUCUAAUUCUUACUUGUGUGUUUGCUCCGUACCUCUGAUCAUCCCUGCAGUGAUGGGGGCUCACUGUAACCUUCAUUUCCUCAGUGUGGUGAUAGAGUUUUCAUUUUAUUGUGGCAAAACAUGAUACCUUUUGAUAUAUUGUAACAGCAAAGAUAGCAAAGCUGCACAAACAUUAAUUACUGCAUCCUCAGCCUUUCUGCCAGGGGAAAUACAGGUGAAUUUGAUUUUGCUCUCCUGCAAUGUAAGAAUAGGAGUUAAGUAUGUCUUUUCUGCCCAGGUAUUUUUACAAUGCUAAGGUGGAGCUUUAGAAAUUAAAGAUUAAUAGUACAUUUUCUUCCAAGAAGUAAAGUAAUAAGUGAAGCAUGUUUUGAUACAAAUAUUAGCUGAAAUGUUUGCAGUUUGAGUGUGAUGUCUUUUUCCACUCCAGAAGCCAAAUAACAAAUCAAGCCAUACAAAAAUAAAAUGCCUUGUACUGUCUUGAUAACCUGCCUUGGAAGACUAAAAAGUUGGUUUUGUUUGUUUUGGUUUUUUUAAUAGCUUAAUUGAGGAAAACAUUUUAGUAGUUUGUUGGUUUUUUUCCCCCCUGUAUGCUAAGAAGAAUUGUGCUGGGGUACACAACUGGAACAAAAAUGCACUGUUAAAUAAAUAACGGUAAAUAUUUAUCUGACCCUCGGUCUGCUUAAAUUUAUGCAGAUAACAGCAGCUUCUCCUUGCCCAUCUUCAGAGCCAUCAAAUGUGCAGUCUCUCCUGAGAUCAAGAUCCAUUUUCAUUUUGCCUCACUUGAAAAUAAAGCACCUUUCAAGUUAAGCUGUUGAAACCAGAGGCCUUUGUUCUGUCUCCGAUGUGGAUUUCCUAUUGCCAGGGUGUUUUAUUUUCACUUGAUCUAAAUUGAAAAAUAUGGUUUGCAUUUCUGCUAAGGCCAUUUAACCUUGAGCAAGCUAAUCCUGUUACACAGGAGGAGAAGGGCAUUGCCUGUGCAUGUGUUUUGGUGGAAGUUGGAUGUCUGAGAGGGGAAAUCAGAGACCUGUUUAUAUAUUCACAUUAUCAAUGGGAAAGCUCGGUCCUUGCUCUUCCUCAGCCAGCUGACAGACCAGUGUGCUGCUGCAAACACUUUGGCCACACAAGGUCGAUGGAUUAAGUCUCCCAGGUGUAGAGAAAAGCCCAGCAAAGGAAUUUGUUAAUUUUCUGGCUUUGUGUUGUAACCACGAGACCGAAUUCCUGCGGUGGUUCUGUGCUCUAAAGGAGCCUGGAGCUGCUGCUGGUUUGUGCACAGGAGCAGGGAGCUGUUUGUCCAAGGUGAUAAAUGGGAAAUGCCACAUUCCACUUCUGCUCCUCAAGGAGCAGAACCAGAAAUGGAACUUGUUUGUUAUGUGUUCUAAAGGAGGCUGGAAUCGGAGGCAUCAAUCCCAUCAUUUGCUGUGCUGAGAGUGGAUUUGAGUGUUGGGGAGAAUAAAGGAGACUCAUGCUUCCAGCUGUCAGAAAUGGAAAUUCAGGUGUUCUGCAUGAGACUCUGAUAACUUAAGAGGUAAAUGUGAAUUUCUGUCUCAGGUUUAAGUAUGAGGAUGGUGAAUAGACGUGCCUUACUUGAAGGGUUAAGUUUUCAGGGAAGGGCAGGGACAGGAAAGGCUUUUCUGUUGCUUGGUUGUGCCAGUUGUGUUAGUUUUGCUCUGAGAUUUGAUGUUACAGUAGUAAUUAAUACUCUUAAAAACAUAUAAUGAGCUAUAGGUCAAUGUUUUUUUAUCUAGGGAAUACCUAGAGUCCUUAUCAUAGAGGGUUUUAUGUCUCCUAAGCUUGCUUUGUAAUCUAAAAUCUGUUUGUCUUAAAAAGAUAAAAAAUUGAAUGAGCACACUGCCAGAAUUUAGGAGUUCUGUUGUUCCUGUGUGACAAAAACCCAGUGAUGCUGUGGUAGAAUAUUCCAGAGAUAUUGGUAUGUUAGUUGUUAGCAUCUGUAUUCCCAAAAUGAAAUGUAAUUGUGUUGAUUUAACUGUAGCAGGAUUGAUGAAGGAUUUUUGGGGUUUUUUUUCCUGUGAAAAUACUACUUUGCAUUCUGCUUGCUCCUGAACGUGCUACAGCUUUCUUCUAAAAGCAGAAUGAUUUUUCAGUUAAUGCAGUUUUGGCAUGUGAUGGACUGAAACUGGUUGUACAAAGCAGUGCUGGUGGCUGUGUUAACUGCUGGAACCGUGCUCAGGUUGUUGCAGGUGCUGUAACUCAGCUGUGGCCCCAGCAGGCAGGCAGAGGUGAGGCCCAGCCCAGUACUGAGUUCCCAAGGAGCAAAGCAGUGGCUCUGCUCCGAGGGGAAGGGGCUGUGUGUGAACUGGCUGUCGUGUCAAGAAGGAGCUGGGAUCUGUAGGAGCUGUUUCCUCUAUACUGACUCCAGACCUGGUAUUGUUCUCCAGUUCAAACUGCCUGCUAAAACUGGGACUGUCCCAAAUUAACCCAAACUGAGGGUCAGCAUCACCAACAUCCCCGUGGUUACAAAUGCUCGGGGUGUGACAGCGAGGGGCAAAACUGACUGAAGUGUCACCUUUGUAGUGCACGGAUGUCACUGCAGGUUAAUCAUUGCCUCAGAUUUGCACAGGAGCGAGGGAUUGCUCUAAAUGAAACUGGCCAGCUGGAAUUGUUUCUGUAGUUAGGUGUCUGACCUCUUAGUUAUCCAUGAAAUCAUUUUUGAGACUUAAUUGUAAAUGCAAGAUUGCUUUUGCAGUGAGACCUCAGUGGAUCUUGCAGGCAGCUGACGAGGCUGUGAUAAAAUGCAAAGUAGCCACAUUGUGUUUGAAGGGUUGUGAUUCCUCAGGCAGUGCACAGGGGAGCCUCAGAAAUAACACUUUUGGGUAAUUAUUUUGCAUACCUUAGCAUGUCAGAAGCCAUUCUUUCUUAAAAGAAGUAACUAAUGCUUGCUUUCUGUUAUUAGAAAAUCUUAGAAGCCAGAAUUUGGUCAGCAGUAGCUGAUGCCUGUGCUCACCUUGAAAGGGAAUUGAGCUGAAUUAAAAGUAGAAUUAACUGGUUGUUUAUAUCCCUAAAAAAGUAGUGAAAGUUUUAGUACCUGUGGACUAUCUUGUGGUUUAAUACAUUCAAUUUGCAUUGCUUCUGACAGACAUCAAACAAUCUUAUUUAAAACUGGAGGUUUAUAGGUAGUUUGGGGUUAAAAAGGAGCCAGCUCAGUGUUUCCAGGCAGAUGUAAGCCAUGUAGUCACUGCCCCAUACUGACAUUGUUAGUCCUUUUUCUCCAGAACACUUCUGAAAUCUGUCUUUAAGCAGCAUAAGCAGGACAGUGCUGUUCCUGCUCAGCCUGGGUUUGAGCAGAAAUACUGUGUAUCGAGUGUCGUUAAUUACCCUGCCGAGUUUUGGUUUCACUUUUGACAAGUUACGGUUUUGUUUCUGGGUUAGGGAGCUCUGGAAUGGCCCUGCUGGUGCCAGAUGUGGUCUGGCCCUGAAACACUCGGUGUUUCCUGGCUGAGAUGGUUUGGGAUGAGGGAUGCACAGGGUGUGUGUGGCUUAGGCUGUGUGCAGGAACAUUCCAGGCUGGGAUGAGCUCUGUCAUACCAGUUCAGGGAGAGAUUAAAGAACAUCUGAAUUUGCUGGCUUUUGAACCAGAUUCAAGUCUAAGUCUUCAUUCUAAGCUUUGGAAGAAAGAACUCCUUACAUGUAGCUUGACACCACAUCUGCUCUUGAAGUCCUGUCACUGGUGGCUUGCACUGAGUGACGGUCCCUGUAGAAAUAGGAUCCAAUUAGAAGCAAAAUUCCCCAGUUCCUUUUGUGUCACUGUGAAAUAAUUGUUCUAAAAUGAAUCUAAGUGUGUACAGAUUGUAUUUUGGGAGAGUUAAUUACAAACUGUGUGGUUCAGGGAUUUAGUGCAAGAAGAGGAAGAACAGUUGAUGGAAGAAAGGAAAAAGAGAAAAGAAGACAAGAAGAAGAAGGAAGCUGCUCAAAAAAAGGCCAUUGAACAAAAAAUCAAAGGCAUGCCUCCCAUUCGGGACUUGGUGAGCCACUCCCCUAACCAGUCAGAUCUGAACCACAGUGGUCUAGGAUCCCAUUAUGAAAAUUCUCACUGGGGACCAGUCUCUUCAAAUAGUGACUCCAGCACAAACUGGGAUAAAGUUAUUGUAGACGGCUCUGACAAAGAAGCAUGGCCAUCAAUCACUGGCAGUGACCCAGAGCUGACUUCAGAAUGUAUGGACACUGACUCUGCCUCCAGCUCUGGGUCGGAGCGGAACCUCGUUAUCAUGGCUUCAGGGAGCACAGGCGGAGAAGGCGAUGGCAUUCGCAAUGGCAUCGGACAUGGGUCUCAGAAUAAGUUUGUGGUUGGUAGCAACAGCAAUAAUGUGGGCAAUGGAAGUAUUAGUGGGCCGUGGGGGUUGUCCCAUGGGUCCAUAAUAAGCACAUGUCAAGUUUCUGUGGAUGCUCCUGACAGCAAAUCUGAAAGUAGCAACAAUAGAAUGAAUGCUUGGGGCACCAUAAACUCUUCAUCAAAUGGAGGGUUAAAUCCAAGCACUUUGAAUUCAAAUGGCAACCAUGGUGCCUGGUCCGUGUUGGAGAACAGUGGACAUGCCCUGAAAGGGUCCGUGGGGAGUGGGAGUCCUGGCACAAGCAUUCAGUGCAGUACCAUAGGUCAGAUGGCCAACAGCCAGAGUAUUAACUCGAAAGUGGGUGGCUCAGCCCACAGUUCCUGGGGAAGCCUUCAGGAAAGUUGUGAUUCUGAAGUAAAUGGUACAAGGAAUGUUUCAUUCAGUGGGCAACCUCAAAACCUUAACACUGAAAUGAAUGGACCAAAUAACACUACUAACUUUAUGACCUCUAGUUUACCAAACUCUGCUGGUUCGGUGCAGCUGAACGAACUGCCCAACACUGCAGGGCCCGGGGCCUGGCGCGUGAGCACAAUGAAUCAUUCUCAGAUUCAGGCCUCUCCAGUGGCAAACGGCACUUCCAUCUCUCACCUGAGCAACGGUGAGGCCAAAACCGGCGGCUCUUAUGGUACUACCUGGGGUGCCUAUGGCUCUAGUUACUCUGGAGACAAAUGUCCAGGCCCAAACAGCCAAGCUAAUGGUGACACUGUGAAUGCAACUCUAAUGCAGCCGGGCGGGAGCGGGCCUGGCAGCACUAACUUUCAAAUCAGCGGGAAUAAAGGCGGAGGGGUGUGGGAGGCAGGGACAGUCAACUCCCAGAACGUGCCGUGGGGAAAUGGGAAUGGUGCGAGUGCUGGAGGGAGCAGAAGAGGAUGGGGCAACCCUGCACAAAGCACUGGCACCAACAUUUCCAACGGGGAAUGGAGCAAACUGCCCAGCAAUCAGCAUUCCAAUGAAGGUAUGAAUGGAAACAGCAGGAAGUUUACAAAUGGGUGGAAGUCUACUGAGGAGGAUGAUCUCAACAGCCAGAGUUCUGCUGCCUCCCAGAUGGCUGAGCAGAACAGCACAUGGGCCAAAACAGGUACGGGGGACAGCGAGGGGAGCUCGGAGAGCGCCGGGUGCCAUGAGGACAGAGCGGCUACGGAAGGCCAGAACCGAGAGAGGAGGAAAGUUGACCAGCACACGUUACUCCAAAGCAUAGUGAACAGAACUGACUUAGAUCCACGUGUCCUUUCCAACUCUGGUUGGGGACAGACUCCAAUCAAACAGAACACUGCCUGGGAUACCGAAACAUCACCGAGGGGUGAAAGAAAAACUGACAAUGGGACAGAGGCCUGGGGGGGCUCUGUGGCACAGACUUCCAGC